AUGUUUGCGCGAGCUGGAAGGUUGUUCUUGCCUAGAGCUCUGGCAGUGACUGGAGCCGUGGCUACGGCGGGCGUGGUGGCCGGUGUGAAGUAUAAGGAGCGGUGGGAAGAGCAGAUGAUCGCAAAUGACGUUGCUAUGCGGUCGCCGGUGGAUAUACCGGACGUUAAAUUGCCUUCGAGGAAGGACUUGUUGUCGAAACUGUCCAAGACGGACGAGUUUGAUGUGCUGGUGAUUGGUGGCGGUGCCACGGGCACCGGUUGUGCGUUGGAUGCGUCUACGAGAGGUUUGAACGUUGCGUUGGUGGAGAUGAACGAUUUUGCGUCCGGGACGUCGUCGAAAUCGACCAAGAUGGCGCAUGGAGGGGUUAGAUACUUGGAGAAGGCGUUCUUUGAGCUGUCGAAGGCGCAGUUGGACCUUGUGGUGGAGGCGUUGAACGAGAGGGGCCACAUGUUGAACACGGCGCCGCACCUGUGCAAGAUUCUUCCGAUCAUGAUCCCGGUGUACAGUUACUGGCAGGUUCCGUACUUCUACGUUGGCUGCAAGAUGUACGACCUGUUCGCAGGCUCGCAGAACUUGAAGAGCUCCUACUUGUUGAGUAAGAGACAGGCAUCGGAUAUAGCACCAAUGCUGGAUUCAACAGUCUUGAAAGCCGGACUGGUGUAUCACGAUGGGUCGUUCAACGAUUCACGGAUGAACGCAGCGCUGGCCAUCACGGCAAUUGAAAACGGUGCCACUGUGUUGAAUUACAUGGAGGUGAACCAGCUGAUCAAGGACAAGACGACGGGUAAAGUGCAGGGAGCGUUAGUAACCAACCGCGAGACGGGCGAACAGUACACAGUUCGUGCUAAGGUGACCGUGAAUGCCACGGGGCCUUACAGUGAUCGCCUGUUGCAGAUGGACAAGAACCCGGAUGGCUUGCCUGAUCCCGUGAAACAGAGUCCAAAUGCUACGGUAGCAACGGAAGUGGCGGUACAGAACCCUAACAUGGUGGUCCCUUCUGCUGGGGUGCACAUUGUCCUGCCUUCUUUCUAUUGUCCAAGGGAAAUGGGGCUGUUGGAUGUCAAGACUUCCGAUGGCAGAGUCAUGUUCUUCUUGCCAUGGCAAGGUAAGGUGCUUGCUGGUACGACGGAUAUUCCAAUGAAGCAGAUUCCUCAGAAUCCAACCGCUGCAGAGUCUGAUAUUCAGGAUAUUCUACAAGAAUUGCAACACUACAUCAAGUUCCCGGUCAAGAGAGAGGACGUGCUAAGUGCUUGGGCUGGCAUCAGACCUUUGGUGCUCGACCCAAGAAAGAAAACUAAAAACUCCGGUGGAGCCACGCAAGGUCUAGUUAGAUCCCACUUGUGCUUUACGACAGAUAACGGCAUGGUCACCAUAGCUGGCGGUAAGUGGACUACCUACAGAGAGAUGGCAGAAGAGACGAUCAACGAAGUUGUCAAAGUGGGCAACUUCGAUGUCAAGCCAUGCAUUACUAAAAAAUUGAAGUUGGCUGGAGCGGAGAAUUGGACGCCCAAUUUGCAAGCCUUGCUGGCUCAGAAGUACCAUCUAUCCGGUGCCAUGUCCAAACACCUAUCCGAAAAUUAUGGUACCAGGGCUCCAUUGAUCUGUGAAUUGUUUAAAGAGGAUGAAAGAAAUCAAUUACCUGUUACCUUUGGCGGAAGGGAAAAUGUUACUGUGUAUGGAAAUGUUAACUUCGAUUCGUUCCGUUACCCUUUCACCAUUGGUGAGCUCCUCUACUCUAUUGACUAUGAGUAUACCAGAACUGCUUUGGAUUUCCUGCUAAGAAGAACAAGGUUUGCAUUCCUCGACGCUAGACAGGCCCUGGAUGCUGUUGAAGGCACAGUGAAGGUCAUGGGGGACAAGCUGGGUUGGGACUCCAGUAGAAGAAAAGAUGAAAUCGGGAAGUCUAAAGAGUACAUCAAGACUUUUGGUGUUUGA